AUGGCAAUGGACCUGGAUUCAUCAUUUGGUGAGUUCGCGGAUGACAGAAGAUUCAUUGCACUUGUGGUUUCUGAUAAUGAAGAUGAUUACGAUUCUUCGACAGAUGAAGCUGCCUCAGAUGAUGAAUCCCUAGAGGCAACACCAAAGGCUAAUAUUACACCAUUAGGAGUUCGCAAUAGUAGUAAUCUCAACAUCCUCAACCAAGAUACUAGCCAUAGCAAUAACAAUAACAAUAACUAUGGUGCUAAUAACAACAAGACCCCAGUGCCGAAUUCUCCAAGGGUUAGCGGAUCCGUUAGAUCACCAGCUACAACGAAAUCGAAUAAGGAUGAGAAAAAAAGAUGGUCUUUCAUCUCUAAUCAUUCAUCAACAUCAUCUAACAACGCGAAGAAAAGAUGGUCAACACUGUCAUCAUUCACAGAUUCAAAGGAUAAAGAUGCGAAAAGGGACGAAAAGGAAAAGGAUAAGUUUGUUAGAAGAGUCCCCACUCAAGGAUCAGGAUCUGUUUCGUCACACAAGAGAAUUUCAAUAGAUCAACAUUUCGAACAUAGUCCGACUUCCAAAAGGUCAUCAACAGGUUCUUCGUUGAAACAACUAUUCGGGCUGAUCGCAUUAAAUGAUGAAAACAAGGAAAAUCACUACCCUCAAAAGAAGCAAGAAAGCGCUAAAGUUCCUUCCACGGCAUCUACCAGAGGACAACCGCUCAAGGAAAGACGUAAUACUAAUGUGGAGACUCCAUCAAGUCAAAGGAACUCUGCUUUCUUAGGAAAGACCGAAAUGCCAAGAAGACAAUCCAGAUUACACACUCAUUCGCCGUCAAUUAGCUCGUUAUCAUCGCUCACAUCGAGUUCUAAAUGGAAAUUUUGGCAGAGAAGUGGUAAUAGCAUUCGUGAUAGAACGAUAUCCAGACCUCUUUCUACACAUUCUUUAGUGGGACCUCCCACCGAUCCAACUACUAAAACCAAAAGUUCAUUCUCAGAAUUGCACAAGGCAAUCUAUGCCAAUAACAAUAGUACUUUUGAAGACAACAGUUCAUCGAUUUCUAACAGCUUGUCCAAAAGGUUGUCUUCAUCAAACCUUUCCCUAGGUAAUUUAAAGCAUCGUUCCUCACAGUCAAGUUUAAAGCAUAAAUCUUCACAAUCCUCAUUACAGAGGUUUAAGACAAGAAGGAAAUCUAAUAACAUGGCGGAAGAGGGUUCCAUCUCUUCUUCAGGUUCUCACUCUCAUCAUCCCAAGAUCUCAUUACCGGUAGUUGAUCAAAUGUCAAGAGAUAAAAUUAAAACUAAGCUAAGAAAUUCAUCUUCAUUGUUAUCAUUGCAUUCAUCUUUGCCCAUUAUGAUGAAAGAUUACGAUGAGGUCGUCUUACAGCAAAUAUUAGAAUAUUGUGACGUUAGCAAAGAGUUGCCAUACGAUGAUGACUACAUACCGGUUUUAAAAAAUGCAACGGAACUAUCAACUCAUGUUUGGAGAGCACAGAGUGAAGGUACAAACGUGAUUUACAAAAAACUACCGCUGGAAACUUUGGAAGAUGUUACUUAUUCGAAAUCUAUGUGUUUGCACGAAUUGAAAAUGUUACGCCUUUCUAAAGGUACCACUGGUCUGCCCUAUCUGCUAAGAUCUUUUGUGAUUAGAGAAAGACCAAUUUUUGAUGAAGAGACUGCUUCUACUACAGAAGGUAAGUUGUAUUUGCUUAUCAUUCUCCGUGAUAAUGGUACACCGUUGUCACAAAUCAAGUUGAAUACUUGGCCGCAAGCUUUAAAAAUAUUCUGGCAAGUAGUCACCACACUUUACGUGGCAGAGACUAAGUUUGAAUUCGAGCACAGAAGCUUGAGUUUGGACCACAUAUUAGUGGACGACCAUCUUAACGUUACGCUUUGCGACUUGAAAGGUGCAAGAGCUUAUUGGGCAUCGCGUAAAGAAACUUUAUUCACUAGAUUAGAUCAUCCAUUAUUUUUCCAAGGCGGUGGCGAUUACCAAUUCGACGUUUACAAUUUAAUGAGAGCGAUUUUAUCUGAAACAUCAUGGGAUAAUUACGAGCCAAGAACCAAUUUAUUGUGGCUACAUUUCCUAUUGUACAAAUUAUUUCAUGCUUACGGUGAUAAACUUGUAUUGCAAGGAAGGGAAAGAUUGGCCGCGCUGGCGCAACUGCUUGACCCUAGUUCCAACGCAAGACGUAGCAUCUUCAAGAGAAACGAAAGAGAAGUCAGAUCGUGUGGUGAUCUCCUGAGGUUUAAAUGA